ACGCCCCGCCUUCUCUGAAUCAUGCACUCACAUUAACAAGGAAAUACAUCUCUCUUCAAACUAGUAAUUCCUCUGACUCCCGUUAGUUUCUCAUCCCGAUGUGUUCGUGCGGUUCUUCGGGGGACCAGCGCCUCCUGGGGGCACUUUCGCUGUAACGCGGUGCGACGGCACCACGUGGGUCUAUCCACCGCUACCGACCGGCGAGCUGUUCCUGGUGACGACACAUCGCGGAGCCCGGGAACACAGAAUAUGGAGCACCUGCCAGAUGACAACUCCAGAUACAAAGACAUCGACUAUUGGGAUGAAAGAUACAAGACGGAGCAGUGCUUCGACUGGCUGGGCAGCUUCUCCAAAUUCCAGCAUCUUCUGGAAAAACAUGUCCACAAAGAAGACUCUAUUCUGAUACUAGGUUGUGGAAACAGCAGUAUGAGCGGUGACAUGUACAGUGCCGGCUACCGCUCCAUCACCAACGUGGACUACUCCUCUGUGUGCGUCCAGCACGAUGAGGGCCAGGCACAGCGACCGCCCGGCAUGACCUGGCAUCAGAUGGACAUGCGCCAGCUCUCCUUCCCCGAUGAGUCCUUUGAUGUCAUCCUAGAGAAGGCCACGCUGGACGCCAUCAUGGUGGAAGAGAAGACGUCCUGGGAGGUGUCCCCUCAAGCUGCCGUUUUCUUUCACCAAGCACUCACACAGGUAUCGUGAAAAUUCAAAUUCUGUAAAACUUCACAGGAGUUGAAUAUUUCUGUGUUAUUGGAAAUCCUUGCCAAUAAUUAGUUCAUUUAGCAUAAGCCCUCUCAUUGUGUUCUGUAUGUCAUUGUAGCACAUUUUUCAAAGGGGUUUAAUGCUAAAAGUUGCACCUUACAUUUCAGCUGUGUUUGAGAUGUGAGCAGCACUUGGAUAAAGUCCUAGAGCAAAGUUAUAUCCAAUUGAUUCAUUCUUAAUCAUUAGAAGAAACCAACUAAACAUAUUGAACAUAUAGGCCUCCAUUUUUCUGCAUCAUGCCUCUCCCAUACUCCCAUGUGCUUUAGUGGUUCUUAACAGUAUACGGGACAAUCUUGUUAAAAAACAAAUGCUCAGCUCUUAUCAAGUCAGACUCAACAACUCCCAAAGUCUGUUUAACUUCUAUGCUUCAAGAGUUGGGGGAUGUUUUUCUUUUGGAA